GCGACCUGAAGCAAAAACAAAAAAAAAAUAAUUAGGCAGCCAAAAAAUUGAAAGAAAUUGGCAGCACUUGGUAAUACAAACCAUCAUUAUCACAUUACAACACUAGAAAUCCAAUGGGACUACUAUCAAUCAUCAAGAAACAGAAGAUCAAAGACAAUGAGAUUAGAGUAUUGAUACUAGGGCUUGAUAAUUCUGGUAAAACCACCAUUAUUAAGAAUAUGUUACAAGAAGAUAUCAAUACUAUAUCUCCUACUAUGGGAUUUCAAAUCAAUACAUUAGUAUAUGGUGAUCAUACCUUGAAUAUAUGGGAUAUUGGAGGUCAAACCACACUUCGAAGUUUCUGGGGGAACUAUUUUGAUAAGACCAAUGUAGUGGUUUGGGUUGUGGAUUGUGUUAGUUUAGAAAGAUUGAAUGAAUCAUAUAAUGAAUUACGAGAAAAAGUGAUAUUACAAGAUCGAUUGACGGGAAUUUAUUUAACUAUAGUUAUUAAUAAGAUUGAUCUUAUUAGUAACAAGGAAGAAUUAUCCCAUAUCAAACAGACUGUAAUAGAAUUACUUGAUUUAGAAUCUCAAAUACCUCAAUCAGACAAAUGGCAUGUACAAUUAGUUAGUGGUAAAUCUGGUGAAGGAUUAGACGAAGUCUUAGAAUGGAUAACGUCUCGAAGUUAUUAGCAUAAAUUACAUACAUACAUACAUACAACCCUCUCUCAUCGACUAAUGUCUUAACGAAUACGACGUUUAAAUAUAUAUAUUCUUUCUA